AAAGACAAAGUUGUAGAUCUCAACCUAGCCGACUUUGGCGGAAAGCAUCCCGGAACCAACGUCAACCAAUUUUCGACCUUUGUUGAGAAUUUUCGAAGAGGUACCGGGGCGCCUUUUCUACUCUUUGAAGACACGCUACAAUGCGUUCGGCUCCCCGACCUGUCUGGCUCAGAGGACGGCGCCCCGUCAGAAACGGCUCCUUAUUCGACCAGCUCUUCGCCGGCCUCAAAGCAUACGGAGUCAAAAAGAUCAUGAAGCUAGUUGCUAUUGACAGCUUAUUGCGCGGGGUGGACGACCAUAGGGUUGCCCAAUGGGCUAGCGACUUUGAGGUGGAACAGCUGGACUGGCGCAAGCUGGAUCUUGAUCUCGAUCGCUUCUCGUCCUCCCUUUCCCUUCGGACGAUUUGCCUCUACUCAAGGAGGAACUGGGGUGCGCUGUACUACUGGACGAGCGACGAGGGGGUCUUGAAAUUCAACAAGGUUUGUCUGAUUCACACUUACCCAACUGAAGCAACCUCGAGCAUAAGACUUCGGCAUCUGACAAGCAGCAAGCUGGAGAUGGUCAGAUUUACAAUCUACGCUGAAUCCGGUAAGCCUGAGUUCGAAUAAGCCUCAUGUGGAGGGUCAAGUCUUAUUGAACGACCCAAACUAAUCAGCGUCGAAGACUCGAAGGGGCAGCCCAUAGUGAAGAAUCCAAUAUUGCACGAUCGCAUCAAGGGUCGCCUCAAGAGCACUGAAAGAGGCAAGAAUCUCGAAGCCAGCAUUGAUUUCAAACAUGAGACUCAAACCAUGCUCGAAGUAAAGUCAUGGUAC